ACUGCCUGGCACAGGUUUAGUGUCAUAGUUACCCUCAGUGCCGUCGGUGAGGAGUGCCUAGUGUCCAGCCGUGACUCGGGCCUAUAGUGUUGAACAAGCAGAAGUGUCACGGUGCCGCUGUCGGUGCCGGGGACUUUAGGCACAAGUGAGAUUCGUAAACGUUAAUAUGUUUACGGUUAUAAAGAUUCUCUUCGUGUUGGCUUCCCUCGCGCUUUUACCUGGGCCAAGCACAGCUGUUCUCAAUGACAGGCCCAGGAUGCGAUGCGAUGCGGGUCACCUGUUCCUCGAGGGCGGCCCCGGGAAGAACAUCAGCCUCGUCACGAAGGGCAGGGGCGCCGUCGUUAUCAAUGGGCUCGAUAUCGCCGGCUCCAUCUCCUUGAUGUCAGCAGUACGCCCACAACUGGAAAGCCUCAACAACACAGACCUUGGCUACCUCGUCAGGAACCUCUCCCGUGUUGCUCAGACAGUGGCGUCUCAGCAGUGGAUUUCGUCCUCCAUUGAAGGGCUCAAGACAAACGCUUCAAGAAGUCGAGGGAAUCUUGCAACAUUACGCAACGACGUGACCAGCAUCCAGUCGACCUUGCGUGCCCGCCUGGACCCCUUGGUGGCCAACGUGAGCCAGCUGAGUACCCAGGUCGGCCUCAUCACUCCUGAAGGGGGUCAGCGCCUGCAGCAGAUUAACACCGUCAUUCAGAAUCUCCAACAAGCGAGCACGGAGGCAGCGAGCGCCCGCCAGGACCUGACCGAGCGCGUGAUCCCUGGCCUCCGGCAGGAUGUGACGCAGCUCCAGACGGGAAUCGUGGGGCUGCCGCAGCUUCGGGAUCGCAUCGAGGCCCUUGAGGCGCAGUUCAACGGCUCGGAUAUCUCGGGUUCUUCUGAGAUCGUGUCCGCCAGUGACAGUAGCACCAUCAGGAAAAUGAAGAGGAAUUUGAGGCGUCUCAACGCGCGACUGCAAAUGAACGAGUGUGCCAGCGGGCCCUGCCGGAACGGGGGUACGUGCAUCGACGGAUACAUGUCCUAUACAUGUCUGUGUCGGAAUGGCUGGGCGGGAGAAAACUGCGACGAUGACAUCAACGAGUGCUACAUGUUCUUCGGGACGGAUCUGGGGUGCCAGAACGGUGCCACGUGCACCAACACACAAGGUGGUUACACGUGCCAAUGUCCAGCUGGAUGGUACGGCGUACACUGUACCCUUAAGACCGACUCGUGCACGGCGUCCUCCGGUUCCUCCCUCUGCGGGCCUCAUGGGGUCUGCAUCAACACGCCCCGUCGAGGUCACGCCUUCUCCUGCAUGUGUGACGAGGGUUGGACUCCCGGAAACAGCACACCGGCCUGCGUGGAUGUGAACGAGUGCAGUUCCUAUCACACCCGCUGUUCUCCGCUCGUCACUUGCGUCAACUACCCCGGAGGUUUCCAGUGUGGGCCCUGUCCAUCAGGUUACACCGGCGAUGGAUUUCAGUGUCAAGACAUAGACGAAUGCCUUGUCAACAAUGGAGGUUGCUCACCAUACAGCAUAUGCCAUAAUACAGUGGGAGGACGCCGCUGUGGCCCUUGCUCCUCCGGAUUCACAGGCAAUGGAGAAUCUUGUGUUCCUGCUCCUCGACCCUGCCAACAGUCCGCCUGCCACCCUCUCGCCACCUGCGUCGAGAAUCCACAAAUGCCGAACGGGUACCAGUGCAUAUGUCCGCUCGGGUAUCAGGGCAUGGGUAUUGGCAUGUAUGGCUGCGCGCCGGUCUCGGGAGGAGGACAAGGGAUUCAACCUCAGCCUCAGCCUCAGCCUCAGCCUACGAACUUGUGCCAAAAUCAGCCCUGUCUGAACGGCGGAACAUGUGUGCAGUUCCCUGGAUCAUACACCUACACGUGUACCUGUCAGCCGGGCUAUACAGGACAUAGUUGCGAAACGCAGAUCGACGCCUGUGCCAGCAACCCGUGUUUGAAUGGUGGCACCUGCAACCCCGGACUAAAUAGCUACACGUGUACUUGUUCGUCUUCCCACACUGGAGAGCGGUGCCAGACGGAAACCGAGCAAUGCGGCGGUUUCUUCAACACUGCCGAGGGCUCAGUAUCGUACCCUGGCGUAGAAGGCGUCAACUACAACCACAACAUCGACUGUGUCUGGAUCAUCAGUGUCCCGAGAGGCAAGGUCAUCAACGUGACCUUUGACCACUUCCAUUUAGAGGCAAUGGGGUGUCGAUAUGAUUGGCUGCAGAUCCACGACGGCAGAAGGUCGACGGCGCCGCUGAUAGGACGCUACUGCGGACAGACGCUUCCGGGCAACAACGGCACCGUCAUCACCACCCACAACGUAAUGUACCUUUGGUUCCGCUCGGACGAGUCUCACGCCGCCACGGGAUUCAGCUUGACGUGGAACGCUACUGACCCAGUUUGCGGGAGUGACAUCAGGGACUUGGAAUACGGAUCGAUAAAUUCCCCUGGGUAUCCUGGUAAUUAUCCGCAUUUGCGUGAUUGCUACUGGACAAUAAGGGUCACGCCUGGCAAGAGAAUUAGGUUCCACUUCGCAACAUUGCAGAUUGAGAACCACGCCAACUGCAGUUAUGAUUUCCUUGAAGUUCGCGACGGCCUGACGGAGACGGGACACCUCCUGGCGAAGUACUGCUCCUCCCAGGCACCGGCGCCGCUCACGACGUCGGGCUCAGAGGCUUUCCUGCACUUCCACUCCGACAUCUCCAUGACCGACACGGGAUUCCAUAUUGCCUUCAGCUCGGAGCCCGGAAUCCCCGGCUGCGGAGGCCUGUUGACGAACGACAUGGGCGUGUUCUCUGUGCCCACGCUGGAUGACCGCUACCAGAACAACAUCCGGUGCGAGUGGCUCAUCCGCGUGCCCCCAGGCGAGGUCAUCCAGCUCAACUUCACCGAAUUCCACCUGGAAGGACCUCUCUUCGGCAGCCGCUGUCGUUAUGACUACGUGGAGAUCCGCGACGGGGGCAGUGUCGACAGCCCGAUCAUGAGCCGAUGGUGUGGGACGAAUCUCCCGACCGCCACGAUUUCGUCAUCAAAUCAGCUGUUUGUGAUCUUCCACGCGGAUCAUUCCGUCACCGGGCGCGGUUUCUCGGCCAAUUAUCGCGUGUCGUGCGGAGGCGAAUACUCCGGCUCCACGGGACUGCUCCGCUCGCCCUACCAUCCGCAGAGUUAUCCGCACAACAGGGAAUGCGUAUACGUGAUUUCCCAGCCCGUCGGGAAGGCGAUUAAGCUGAACUUCACCGAUUUCGAUAUUGAAGGACCGCUUUUUUGGGGUGGCUGUCGGUGGGAUUACGUGGAGAUUCGCGACGGCAGACGGGAAACCUCCCCGCUCUUCGGCCGUUACUGCGGACCCGAGACCCACCGACCCGACCCAAUCAUCUCGACGCACAACUACAUGUGGAUCAAGUUCGUGACGGAUGCCAGCGUCAGCAACCGGGGCUUCGUCGCGAAUUACACCACCAUUGAUACGUCGUGCGGUGGCAUCAUCAGGGAUCUCUCCGGGCACAUCAACUCCCCCAACAGCCCUGACCUGUUCCCGAGCACGACAGACUGCCGCUGGAUUCUCGACCUGCCUCCUGGCUACGGCAUUCAGAUCACGUGGCAUACCUUCGCGUUGGGUAGCAGUUCGUGUGAGAGCAAUUACGUGGAGAUUUUCGACAAUUCGUCUAUUCCUGGGAUGGGAGGACAGAUGGGAGAACGUUACUGUGGCAGCAACAUGCCUCCGAUUAUGACGUCAACGAGCAACCUGGUCACCAUUCACUUCCACGACGAUUAUACUUUCAACCAAGAUUCGUUCUCGGCCAUCUAUCACGGGAUCGAUUACUCUACAACGUGCGGAGGCCACUUCCACACGCAGGUGGGCACCCUCACCUCUCCCAACUACCCACUCAAUUACCCCAACGCACGCUCGUGUGAGUGGACCAUCACCGUCCCUCGCAACUACCAGAUCCGACUCAUUUUCAACGAAGUGGAUAUUGAACCGUCGUCGAGUUGUUCCUACGAUUAUCUGGAGAUCAGAAAUGGCGGCUACUCAACCUCUCCCUUUUUGAAGAAAAUAUGUAGCAAAAACGCAACGGUUCACGAUAUCGUAUCCCAUUCCUUCCAGCUGUACUUGAAGUUCAAAACCGAUUCCUCCAUGACUUAUAAAGGCUUCAACAUCUCUUGGGAAAUUGCCGAUUCGCAAUGCGGCGGAGAGCUCACGGCCGUAUCCGGAGAGUUCGCGUCGCCCGCCUACCCAGAACCGUACCACAACAGCGCCCUCUGUGUGUGGAAGAUCCGCGUGGCGCAGGGCAGCAGUGUGAGGCUGAGAUUCGUCGACCUCGACCUCGAAAAUGCCCCCAACUGCAUUUACGAUUUUGUGGAGAUCCGAGAUGGGGAUAACGAGCGAGCGCCUUUGCUGGGACGCCACUGUGCGACGGCUGACCGCUUCAUUGGUUACAAUUCGACUUCUAACACGAUGUAUAUUUCCUUCCUGGCUGAUCAUGUUAUCAAUUCAAGAGGAUUUAAAGCGCAUUAUACAGCAGUGUGUAACCGCGUGAUCACGGGUCCACGCGGGGUCAUUACCUCCUUGAACUACCCGAACCCAUACCCACACGACCAGAACUGUACGUGGACGAUCAAAGUCCCUCAAGGAAACUCUAUCAAUGCCUCGUUCAGCGAUUUCGUCUUGGAAGUGUCAAUGAGCUCCGAGACUGAGUUAUGUUAUUAUGACUUCGUGGAGCUACGUGAGGGUCGUGACAGCGAAGUGGCACGCUCAGUCAUCGGGCACUACUGCAGAUUGCACCCACCGCCGCCCAUCGCCACCUCGCCCACCAUGAAUGUCCUCGAGGUGAACUUCGUCAGUGAUUACAUUGUGGCUGAUAAUGGAUUCCGCCUCGAGUGGGUCGUCAAUGGUUGCGGAGGCGAGCUGACGAAGGCGACCGGGUCCUUCAACAGCCCGAACUACCCGAACGCCUACCCGAUCAACACCGACUGCGAGUGGAAUAUCCGGACGGCCCCGGGCACCAGGAUUGAGAUCACCGUGCACGACUUCGAUCUGGAGAGCUUUGGCAACUGCGUUUUCGAUUCGCUGAAGAUCUACGGAGGCCCGGAUGCGUCUUCGCCCGAACUCCAGACGCUGUGUCACCGUCAGACGCACCCCAUCGUCGCCACUACGCAAGGCAACCAGGCUUUCCUCUCCCUGCAUAGCGACCAGUCCGUCAGGGGAAAAGGGUUCAAUGCCACUUACAGGACUCUGCAUGAUGGAUGUGGAGGCACUUACUCGGCUCCUGAAGGCACAAUUCACACCCCAGGAUACCCGAAUCAGGACUUCAUCAACAGCGACUGUCAAUGGACUAUCACUGUCGAUCGUCUGCACAUCGUGGAAUUUAACUUCACUGAUUUCGAUGUCCAGUUCAGUACUAAUUGCAGCGACGAAUACGUAGCGGUAUAUGACGGCACAGACUCCACCGGACCCGAGCUGACGAGGCGCUGUCUGGACACCCCAACAACCCCGAAUUUCGUGAGGUCGACGGGGAAUUCCCUCACCGUCCGCCUCGUCUAUGCUGGCACGUCACGCGGCCGAGGAUUCACCGCCUCCUACAAGAGGGGAUGCGGAGCGACUGUCAACGUGUCUAUGGACGAACGCGGUGACCUCGUGUCCCCCCACUACCCCCACCUCUUCACUUCCGGUCUCAACUGCUCGUGGCAUCUACAGGCUCCUGAUGGCUCCCGAGUCAUGCUUCACAUAGCCCAUCUGGACAUACACACAAGAAUCCCGAACGUCAAUAACUGCAGUAUGGACUAUGUAGCGAUAUUGGACGGCCCUAAUAACCGCGCUCCUGAACAAGGAAGAUACUGUGGGUCCCAUACUCCACGUGCAAUCAUUUCCUCUGGAAGAUAUCUUACUGUUAACUUGGUCACGUUGUAUGGCUUCGGUGUAGGAUUCAGGGCUGUCUAUAGCGUCCUCACUUCAGGCUGUGGAGGAGACCUGAGUUCGGUGUCGGGAGAGCUGGCCACGCCCCAUUAUCCUCAGCCUUACCCGAGUCCCAUUGAGUGCGAGUGGAACGUCAAAGCUGGUCCAGGCAACGAAGUACAACUCAACUUCGUAGAAUUCGACUUGGAGAACAGCCAAGGAUGCAACACAGACUACGUCGAGGUGCACGAGACGGACCCUGCGGGACCUCUGCUUCUCCACAACUGCUCCACCGACCUCCCGGCGUCCAUCAACGCCCACGACUCCCUCUGGAUCAAGUUCCGUUCGGACGAGGAGGGCGUGGGGGCCAAGGGCUUCCUCGCCUCCUACAGCCUAGUGUACGGCGUUACCCAACGAGGCGAGAGCGGCGAGGUCGUGUCCCCUAUGUACCCACACGUGUACAGGGGCGAGGACAUUACCUGGCGGAUCACAGUGCCCUGGAGAAAGGUCGUACGUAUCACCUUCUUAGAUAUGGACAUCGAAGGCAACCCCGUCGACGACACUUGUAUUUCGUCUGUGCAGGUUUACUCAGGCUACUACAGACAUAUCGGCACUUUCUGCGGCUACGAGGCACCCCCAGAUCCCAUCUACAGCUCGUGGAAUGUGGCGACGGUCAAGUUCCACACUGGGCAUCACAACGUGGGUGCCAGGUUCCGGUUCCGCUAUGACGCCGUUGACCGAGGAGUUUAUCCUCCCUCGUCGAUGGUCAGGCAAGCCGAUAGCAACUGCACCUUCUUCAUGACGCUCAACGAAUCCUCAACGGUAAUCAAAAACCCAGGUAACCCAGGCUAUGCUAACAACCUCAACUGCCAGUGGGUGUUGGAAGCUCCCGCACAUUUCCGCUUGCAAAUCUACGUGUCUUAUGAACUGGAGGAAUCGCAAACAUGCCUAUACGAUCGCGUUAAUAUUUAUGAUGGCGUGGAAGGCCGUCAGACGUGGAACCUAACCCGUACGCUCUGCCGUCGGUCGCAGUGGUCCGAGAAAUUCUUCAAGUCCAGCGGUCGCUUCUUGAAACUCACCUUCGUCACCGACCAUUCCAUAAGUGGGAGAGGGUUCGAGGCCCACAUCAGUCCAAUAUGCGGAGGCUACCUGUACGGCCCUGAAGGUGUUAUCUCCACACCCAAUUACCCGGAGAACUAUGACCCCGGACUCCGCUGUAAGUGGCAGAUAAGAGUUGGCUUUGGAAGGACCAUCAGGCUUGAGUUCGAUUCUUUCAAGGUGACGAACACAACGCCAAUUUGUGGGGGAGAUUAUCUUUUGAUCCGAAACGGCGACAGCCCUUCCUCGCCCUUCCUCGGAGCCGGGAAAUUCUGCGGUACAGCUACUCCUCAAGUCACAGACUCAUCCUCGAACGUCCUCUCUCUAGAAUUUGUUUCGGACAACAGCGACGGUAACAAGGGCUUCAAACUACGAUACUACGAAACAGCUGACGCGUGCGGGGGCAACCACAGGCUAACAGCUGACUUGACUCGCCUCACGGUUACGUCACCGAAUUAUCCCAACUCACCUGACCCUCACACUGAAUGCGCCUGGGUGAUUCUUGCUCCAGCUGGCAAGGCGAUCUCGCUCCACUUCGAGGGUCAUUUCGAUAUCACCACGCUGGAUGGCAGCUGCGACCAGGCUUACGUGGAAGUUCGUGAUGGGGGUACCAUAUUAUCACCUCUACUGAACACCGCCUGUGGAUCUGAGCUUCCAAGUACUCAGCACAGCACAGGGAAUAUUCUUUACGUGCGUUACUUUAAUAAUAUGACUCACCAUCACUCCGGCUUCAAGGCUAUUGCUGAAAUAGACACAUGCGGUGACACAUGCGGUGGCACCUACAACGUACUCGAGGGCGGCGUGAUCACCUCGCCCAACUACCCCGAGGCUUUCCCAGACAAUUCAACUUGCACUUGGCGUAUCGUGGGGCCUGUGGGGCACUUCCUCAGCCUGCGGUUCCUCGAUCUGCAACUUGAAGGCCCAGAGGAAAAUCCCAACUGUACCAGUGCUAUGGGACGGGUGGUCAUCCGCGACAAUUCGACAGAUGGUGAAGUACUUGCCCAGGCAUGCGGGACGAACCUGCCCUCCCCCGUGGAUACAGCAGCCAACGUGGCUUAUGUUGUGUUCAGAGGUUUUGAUAACACAGAUCAAAGAGGUUUUAAACUCGUCUACAACGUCAGCUUAGAAGAAUGUGGUGGAGAGAUGUCAGGACCCGAAGGCGAGAUCAGGUCCCCAGGUUACCCGCAUGGAUACUCCAGAAAUAGGUUCUGUGUUUGGCAUAUUACCGUUCCCGAGGGGCGCAGAGUGAUGGUCGAGGUAGUGGACAUAGACCUCGCCACCGAUUUCUAUGAAGCAUAUUCUUUCUAUCACUGCCGGGAUUACAUAAGUAUGCAGAACGGACCGGAUAGGUUUUCUCCGUCGUUUUAUCCCUUUAAUCUUCUCUGCGACACCAGGAAUCUGGACACUCCUUUCUUCAACACGAGUAUGAACGUCGCCACAGUGACGUUCGUGUCAAGAAAAGGUUUCUCAUCCGGCCGGGGAUUCCGCCUUCGCUGGACUUCUGAUGAACCUCAAGAGUGCGGUGGGCAGCUUCAAUAUCCCUCUGGCGAACUGUCGACCCCCAGACAAGAGGAGGGACGGUAUUCCCACGGUCUGUACUGCGUGUGGACGUUAGAUAAUUUUAACUCUCUGAACUCCUCCUUCAGCGUCUCCGUGACCAAUCUUGACCUCGAGGCUCGCUGCUUCGACUACAUCAUGAUCGAAGGAGUCACCACCGAUGGAGAGAUCGUCGAGGUUCAAAAGGUCUGCAAUAAUCAUAACAUGGAAACGAUCAUUGUCCCUUACCCUACACUGAGGAUCAAAUUUAUCACCGACUUCUCCGUCAGCGCCAUAGGAUUCAACCUGACGUACGGCCUGAGUUCCUGUGGAGGUCAGGUACACGGUCCCCAGAGCGUCAUCCACACACCCGACUAUCCCUCGAACUAUCCACCCAAUACCCACUGCGGAUGGCUGUUCAACUACAACGAAGGGGAACAGAUUGAUUUCGAGUUCACGGACUUCCGCCUGGAGAACUCCAUCCACCACGACUUCGUCAAGAUCUUCAACGGUCCUCGCAAGACGUCCCCGCUCAUGCACCAGUACACGGGCACCACCAACCCUGGCAGCGUCGGGCGUUCCAUGACCAACCACCUCCUCGUCGAGUUCCACAGCGACGCCACCAACAGCGACAGGGGCUUCAGGGCGGUCGCCAGCAGGCAUAUCCGAGGAUGCGGCGGCCUGUUCCACGGAAUGUCAGGAAACUUGAGUAGCCACGAGUUCCCUCAGGAUUACCAGGUUAACUCCGAGUGCGAAUGGGUCCUCGAUUUCACGCCGGGUUUCCACGCCGUUCUCACCUUCGUCGAGCGAUUCGACAUUGAGACGAGUGCCGACUGCCAGAAUGACUAUUUACAGCUCUCCCAAACCUCCGACAUAGGGCAGCGCGAACUGAGCACUUGGACACAGGUGCUAAAAGCCUGCGGGAAACAGAUGCCAACGCCUCUCACGCUCGUGGGCACGCGGGCCAGGAUCUUCUUCCACGCUAAUGAGGCCGUGCAAGGAGCUGGAUUCAAGCUUAUGUGGCAGAUGGAAUGUGGCAACAACUUCACGGCGACGACCGGAGUCAUAGUCUCGCCAGGCCACCCCGGCAACUAUGACAACAAUCUAAACUGUGUCUAUCGCAUCCUCGCGCCUUCGGGGCAUUUUGUUAGAAUUAACUUCCAGAGUUUCCAGUUGGAAGGUUCCUACAACUGUCGAUUUGACUCGAUAACGAUCUCGGACGAGACGAUGCAGUGGCGAAGGCGGCGAAGGACCCUGGGCCCCUACUGCGGCAACGACAGCCCAGGGAGCCUCACCACGAAGGGCCAGACGACCAUCACCUUCUCGUCCGAUUUCUCAGUGACCUACCCUGGCUUCAUGCUUAACUACACCAUCGAAGCAUGUGGAGGCAACAUCACAGCUCCGUCGGUUAUCGAGCUUCCCACAAGGCCGGCCACUUACCUUAAUAACAUGCACUGCACGUGGGACAUUUCAGCUCCUGAAGGGAAGGUCCCACAUAUUAAAUUCCAGAUUUUGAACCUCGAAUCUGGCUACAACUGCCCCUACGACCACGUCAGCAUCUACAAUGGGCACACCUCCGAGGACUCGAAGAUGAUAUCGCGUUUAUGCGGGAAUCACAUGUCUGCGCUCCCGAGCCUGGCCGCCAACGAGCGCCUCGCGAGGGUCGAGUUCCUCUCGGACAGUUCCUACGCGAGGGAAGGCUUCAGGGCGAACAUCGAGUUCACUUACGCGUGCGGAGGGAACGUGAACAUCUCGACUGCGGGCGCCACACAAACCAUCCGCUCCCUGGACGCUGAUAGUGACGGGAACUACGAGCCCUUCCUAGACUGUCGCUGGAGUGUCGUUGGUCUGGCGGAUAACGUUGUCAACCUCACCUUCACUAGACUUGACAUCGAGCCACCGGGAGAGAAUGACACCAGUCCGUGUCCUUACGAUUAUCUACAGAUCUUCGACGGUCCCUCGGAUAAGUCUCCCUUGAUCAGCACCCUCUGCAACAGCACGUCCCUCCCGCCGUCCGUAGCUUCCUCCUCGAACGUCAUGUACAUUCGGUUCCUCUCCGAUAGCGCUAACGAGAGAGCUGGUUUCACUGCGACUGUGUCCAAUAUCCCUCAUCCCUGCGGCACAUCCGCCCUGACAGCCACCAACCACACGCAGACGAUCGAAUCGCCCGGCUAUCCGAACCAGUACCAGACCAGUAUCCUGUGCCGCUGGACCAUCACGACGCCGGAAGACACGCAGGAUAUUCAUAUUGAAUUCACGGACAUGAAUCUCGAGUCUUCUCCAAAAUGCACGAAAGACUUUGUUGAAGUUGGGUAUUUAGCCAACACCGGAGAUUCCCGCAUUACAACCGGUUACACGAGGUGGACCAUAGACAUAGCAGGGCGCACGGCGUAUUUCAGUCGGCCGUACGGACCAGACCACAUAUACUGCGGAUCAGCGCUCCCCCACUCCUUCGAUUCCUACGCUAACUCCGCCCAGAUACGAUUCCGGAGUGAUGAGACGGUGACAGCGCCGGGAUUCAGAAUGCAGUACUCCAUCGCAACUUGCAACAGGACUUACAGCGCAUCCAGUGGCUACGUAAAAAUACACCGUGGAGAGACUUGCUUCACCACCUUCCAGGCUCCUGUUGGUUCCUAUGUCAAUCUCUAUUUCACCUCGGCCUACGUGGCGGCGAGCGAGAACUGUGCAAAUGGAGCGCUUAAGAUAUACGACGGCGCCUCUAGUUCCGACAGCCUCCUCCUCUCCUACUGUGGAUAUCGACUAGCAAGUCCAGUGUUCUCGACGGGAAAUAGCCUUUAUAUGGAAGUCACAGCACAGUCUUACCUGGAAUUCACUUACGUGACGACGAAUCAGUCCAAUGGAUGCGGAGGGUCAAUGUUCGUGUCGCACUCGACCAAGUUAACGAGUCCUAAUUAUCCCUCUCCGUCUGCGGAAAAUCUGGAUUGCAUGUUUACUCUUAUGGUGCAACAGAGUCUGCACGUGUACAUACGUGUUUUUGUCAACUUCGGCGGCCCCGGUCAGUGUAACAGCACAUACCUUGAACUGUAUGAUGUAAAUGCUGACGGUAGUCCUGUGCUCUUCAAUACUUUAUGUGGAGAUGAAUCGAGCGUCGCCAUGCACUUGGCACCGAGCAACAAAAUGGCACUGAGGUACAAGACAGGCCCCGGGAACCAGACGGGUAUCGGAUGGGAGGUUAUGAUUCGAGGAAUCGAACCGCACGAAACCACAGUGUUUGAUGAUGUCGAGGGUGAAGAGCCUGUAACAGUGAGUUCGUGAAUCCAAGAUAUGACUUCAGAUGCAUAGAAAACGUUCCUUGCUUUAUUAGGAUACAAGACCUCAAUGACUUAAGACGUAAAGAAAACGUACCUUCACAAAGAUACAAGACUUCAUUGACUUCAAAUGCAAAGAAAACUUACCCUGCUUCAUAAGGAGACAAGACUUCAUUGACUUCAGAUGCAAAGAAAACGUACCCAGCCUUCUACAAGGACAUAAAACGUCAGUGAUUUGCUUUAUGAAGAUAACACUUCAUAUAGUAACGCUCAUCAUUUAUCGAGUAAUUCCAGUUCCCAGUCAAUAGCAGCUUACUUUUUUUCGGUAUAUAAUUUCCUCACGCUGCCUAUGUUAUAUUUCUUGAAUUGUAUGUAACAUGAAAUAAUAAAAUUACCAUAUGAAUA